AUGUCCGCCUCAUCGAGCUCUUCCCACGUCGCUGGCGGCUCCCCACGCUUCAUCGACAACAACCACCUCGAACUCGUCGCUGUGAUUGGCACUGGUGCCUACGGCGUUGUGUACCUUGCUAUUGACUCGCGGUACGGCCAGCCUGUCUACCGGGCGGUCAAGUGCAUGCGCAGACACGGCUUGGACGAGAGGCAGAGGCACUUUCAACGGCGUGAGAUUGGUCUUCACCGCCUUGCCUCAAAGCAUCCUAGUAUCAUCUCCAUGGACAGGAUCUUCGAGGAGGGUGAGUAUGCCUACGUCGUAAUGGAGUAUGGAGAAGAAGGCGACUUGUUUUCAAUGAUCACCGACAAGCACAGAUACCUCGGUGACAACGAGCUCAUACGGAGCAUCUUCCUUCAGCUGCUGGACGGCGUUGCUUGGAUGCACAGCCUGGGCAUCAGCCACCGUGAUAUCAAGCCGGAGAACAUCGUCUGCUCCCAGAAUGGCACCAGGGUCCGCAUCUGCGACUUUGGAUUGGCUACUUCUGAAGAAUAUUCGAGCGAAUUUGGCUGCGGGUCAACCUUCUACAUUGCUCCUGAAUGUCUUGGUGACUGGUUUCCCGAUCGAAAGACGUACCCCACGCGCUCUGGCGACAUCUGGUCCCUCGGUGUCAUCCUCGUCAACCUCGUCGCUGGUCGAAACCCCUGGCGUAUCGCUUCCCCCGCCGACGAGUCGUUCAACUCCUACCUUUCCGACCCCAACUUCCUGCGGCGCAUCCUCCCGGUCUCUCGCGACUGUCUCUACAUCCUCAACCAGAUUUUCGCCAUCAACCCCGAAGAGCGAAUUUCCCUUGCCGAGCUGAGAAAGCUGGUGGUUGAGAUCAAGACGUUCACGAUGGAUCAGGAGGAAGUCAUCGAGGCGCAUGUCGCGGCGAGGCAGAAGCAAGAGUACGCUACCGCCGAGCCAAGGACUUUGCUAUCUGUGGUGGAGGACGAGCAUGCGUGGCUGGAGGAAGAGAACAUCGAGGGGCACUUUGCGUAUGACGAUGAGAUGGAGACGCCCUCGCUGCAAAGCGAUACGGGCUCGCCUCUCUAUCCGGAGACUGUAUCUCCUUGCCAAUCAUACAUUGGCGACUUCAUGCCCCCCACUCCCGAGUUUGCCAGCGAAGAUUACCUCAUCCCUUCUCAGGUGACCCCUUCAUGGGACGACUGUCUAUCGAGUGAUGAUGUCUUCAUCCAUUCCAAAGACGGCUCGUGUCCUACCUCCAAAGUCAGCAUCCAACAUACUGCCUUUGUCGACUACUCCUUCCCUCCCGUCUCUGCCUUUGCUCAAUAA